ACUUCCUAUUGUGUGCGAGUCGGCCAUCUUCACUGAGAAGCCGCCACUCCUGUCUUUCGGCGUCUCGCUUUUGCUGCUGUAGCAGUCGCAAGACUGUUAUAGUUGCAGCGAAGGCACGCUCGUCUUGUCGGGAGAGCAUACAGUGCAAGCAAAACUGAUCCUAUGCUGUAUUCAUGUGCCGGGCUCCUAAAGAUUUAGAUGUCUUGUGCACAGGACACUGUUUCUGAAAACGCCAAAAGCCCUCCGGCAAAAAAACGCAGGACCGAGGAUAGUUCCGGCAACGCAACGUCGGGAAACUCAGUUGGGGAAAUGGCCCAAAAUGGCUCUGCUGCCCAAAACCCGACUGACAUCGAUGAGAGUCUCUACUCAAGACAGCUGUAUGUCCUCGGACAUGAUGCCAUGCUCCGGAUGGCCCGGUCGGACGUGCUCAUAUCAGGCAUGCGAGGCCUGGGAGUGGAGAUUGCCAAGAAUAUCAUCUUGAGUGGCGUCAAGUCGGUCACCAUCCACGACCAGGGCGUGUGCACUGUUGCCGACCUCUCCUCUCAGUUCUACCUGAAUGAGGGUGCCCUUGGUAAAAACAGAGCCGAGGCCUGCCUCAGAUCACUGACUGAGCUGAACACAUAUGUCCCAGUUACAGCCCACACCCAGCCCCUCACUGAAGACUUUUUGAAGCGGUUCAGUGUGGUGGUGUUGACAGACACUCCGCUGGCGGAGCAGCUGUCAGUCUCGUCUUUCACUCGUGCACACAACAUUGCCCUCAUUGUGGCCGACACCCGAGGUCUAUUUGGCCAGAUCUUCUGUGAUUUUGGCGAGACCUUCCGUGUAGUUGACACCAAUGGGGAGCAGCCGGUGUCAGUCAUGGUUGCUUCUAUCAGCAAGGACAAGGAAGCAGUAGUAACCUGUCUGGAUGAAACGCGGCACGGACUUGAGGAUGGCGACUACGUCGCUUUCUCUGAGGUCACUGGCAUGACGGAGAUCAACAGCUGCCCACCUAUGAAAGUCAAGGUACUUGGUCCAUACACGUUCAGCGUGGGAGACACGACACAGUUUGGCGACUACACCAGAGGUGGAAUUGCAACGCAAGUCAAGAUGCCAAAGGACAUCAAGUUUAAGUCACUAAAGGACUCCCUCAUAGAGCCAGAGUUUGUCAUCUCAGACUUUGCAAAGAUGGAUCGCCAGGACCAGCUGCACUUAGGCUUUCAAGCACUUCACGCCUUCGAGACAAAGCACUCACGGCUGCCGCGUCCUUGGAAUAAGGAGGAUGCAGCUGAGGUGGUGGCCUUGGUGAAAGAAAAGAAUGCCUCGUUGGCCAAACCACUGGAGAGUCUCGACGAGAAGCUGCUCUCCACUCUGGCACAUGUUUCGGCUGGCUCCCUUUGCCCCAUGCAGGCAGUCAUUGGGGGCAUCGCUGCGCAGGAGAUCAUGAAGGCAUGCAGUGGCAAGUUCAACCCGAUCCAGCAGUGGUUCUACUUUGAUGCGCUGGAGUGUCUGCCACAGUCGGGGACAGUUUCCGAGGAAAGCGCCACUUCACUGGCGGACACUCGGUACGGUGCGCAGGCUUGUGUUCUCGGGGCUGAUGUCCAAAAGAAGCUUGGAUCUCAGAAGUACUUUCUGGUGGGUGCUGGAGCCAUCGGAUGUGAGCUCCUCAAAAACUUUGCCAUGAUGGGCUUGGGAGUCGAGGAUGGCUGCAUCUACAUCACGGACAUGGAUGUAAUUGAGCGAUCAAACCUCAACCGGCAGUUCCUGUUUCGUCCGUGGGAUGUCGGCCGUAUGAAGGCUGGCACAGCUGCGGACGCUGUGAAGAAGAUGAACCCCAACGUCAAAAUCGUUGCUCAUGAAAACAGGGUAGGGGUGGACACUGAGAACGUUUAUACGGACGAUUUCUUUGAUGCCCUGGACGGGGUGGCCAAUGCGCUGGACAAUGUGGAUACACGGAUCUACAUGGACCGGCGAUGUGUAUACUACCGCAAGCCCCUGCUGGAGUCUGGCACACUGGGCACCAAGGGCAAUGUGCAGGUGGUGAUUCCUCACCUGACAGAGUCGUACUCAUCCUCCCAGGACCCACCCGAGAAGUCCAUCCCCAUCUGCACGCUCAAGAACUUCCCCAACGCCAUUGAGCACACCCUGCAGUGGGCUCGUGACGAGUUCGAAGGCUUAUUCAGGCAAUGUGCUGACAAUGCUGUCCAGUAUUUGAAAGACCCAAGGUUCAUGGAGAAGACCAUGAAACUUCCAGGAAACCAGCCGCUGGAGCUGCUCGAAGGGGUCAAGCAAAUGCUGGUGGAUGAGCGGCCGACGUCUUUUGCUGACUGUAUCGCUUGGGCCAGGCUACGUUUCCAGGACCAGUACAACAACCAGAUCCGGCAGUUGCUGUACAACUUUCCAGAAGACCAGACUACAAGUUCAGGAGCCCUAUUUUGGUCUGGCCCCAAACGUUGUCCCAGACCUAUCGAGUUUGAUCCCAAGGAGACUCUACACAUGGACUACAUAGUGGCUGCAGCCAACCUCCGAGCAGCCAUGUUUGGCCUGCCGAAGUGCACGGACCGGGAGGAAAUCGCUCGUGUCCUCAAACUGGUCAAUGUGCCGCCAUUCGAGCCACGGCAAGGAGUGCGCAUUGCUGUCACAGAUGCUGAAGCCCAGCAGAGUAUGGGGGGACCCACUGACCAGGAACGGUUGAACAUUCUGCAGAGGGAUCUGCCCUCACCUGCAUCACUGGCAGACGUGAAGUUGACGCCCCUAGACUUUGAGAAGGAUGAUGAUACCAACUUCCACAUGGACUUCAUUGUGGCAGCCUCCAACCUGCGCGCCACAAACUACAAGAUCGCGCCUGCGGACCGGCUUCGCAGCAAGCUCAUUGCGGGCAAGAUCAUACCCGCUAUUGCUACCACCACCUCGCUCAUCGCUGGUCUUGUUUGCCUCGAACUUUACAAGCUGAUUCAAGGCCACAACAAGCUUGAACUCUACAAGAAUGGCUUUGUCAAUCUGGCACUACCUUUCUUUGGCUUCUCAGAGCCUAUAGCAGCAAAGAAGAAUAAGUACAAUAACCACGAGUUCACCCUUUGGGACCGCUUUGAAGUUAAAGGGGAGCUGACACUCCGAGAGUUCAUAGAUUACUUUAAGAACGAGCAUGGGAUUGAGAUCACCAUGCUGUCUCAAGGAGUCUGCAUGUUGUACUCGUUUUUCAUGCCUGCCGCCAAGGUGGAGGAGCGCAUGAAGCUUGUCAUGAGUGAGGUCGUGAAAAAGGUGUCCCAGAGGCCGAUCGAUCCGCACGUGCGUGCCCUUGUGUUUGAGCUGUGCUGCAAUGACAUGGAUGGCGAGGACGUAGAGGUGCCCUACGUGCGUUACCUCCUGCCAAAAUGACCACGGUCUGGCUGCGUAGGAAGUUGGCGAAAAUGGCUGCAGUGCCCAUUUAGCUUUGCAUCUCACAGCUGGUCCUGCUGUUUGGAAGCUGGUGCCAGGAACGUGCCCAUCUGUGCCCUUGUAACCAUUUCAUGACCAGCCUCUUGUGUUUGUUUUUUGUAUUUAUAUUCACACAAAUUAGCACCAGUACUCUUGCGGUGCUGCUUUUUGUUUUAAGAGUUGUGAAGUGAACUGUUCUGAUGUAAGGGUAUAAAAAGACUGGAGUUUUGAAAGUAAAUUUUUUUUAAAGUUAUCAUUGAGGCAAUAAGUGUACUGUAAGCUAGGAAACAUGAUGGCGUGUGACGGUCAUGUGAUUUUUUUUUUUUUAUUGCUAAAAAUAAAUUUUCAUUGAAAUGCCCA